UCAUAAGAUGAGGAUAUUCGGAACAAGCCCGGCCCCACAGACCAAGCUCAAGACCAUGGCUACCAGCAACGCCGACUUUGACCAGCAAACCCACAUCACCGUACUGAAUCGAAACACACUACUAUACGGCAUCAUCUCCGGGCGUGCAGCACCUAUUAUUGUAUAAGGCCUGACGACACCACAAGGCGCGAAGAUGCCACAAGCCCCGACCCGCGCCGUCUCCUCCAAAGACCUCCCCCCUUCGGUCGAAGGCGCCUAUUACCGCAAAUGCAUCGACCUCCGCCGCCGCAUAACCGAUAUUGAAGAGAACAACGACGGCACGCGCCUGCGCAUCACACGCCUGAACCGCGGCAUCCAGAAGAUGCGCCUCGAGCGCGCAUUCCUUCUCGAGCAGCUGAAUAAGCACAUGGAGUACAAUGUCGACGACAGCGAUCGCAGCAGCAGCCCACCGCCCACCCCAACGGAUAAGCCCUUGAGGAGCAAGAGGAGCCACAACAGGAAGGGCACGCCUCCUCUUGGCGGCAGUGCGGAUGGAGGCGCAAACGAGAGGACAGGCAUGAGCGCCGAGGGCAGACUGGGACUGGGACCCCUGCCGCAUGGCAUCAACCCUAUGAGCAGUGCGCAGAGUACACCAGACCCGUCGGGACGGCCCCAGAACAGCUACUUCGGUACCAUUGGCGCCACCACGACGACCAGUCCACACGCCGCUGUCAACGGCGCACCUCCCACACUUCCUCCCCUGCACGCGCUCCCGCCGUUACACGCACAGCAGCCGCAACAGCAGGCACCCCCUCAGCGCGCCUUCUUCGACCCGGCUUACGAUGAACAGCGCCCGCCCGCGACCGACGCUGCGCCUCCUCCACCACACAACGGUGAUACCGACAUGACAGAUGCAGCUUUCACAGCCGUCAACCGCUAAGACUCUGCGAAGCCGGGCAGCCCCUUUGACAGCAAGCGAUAACAGAUGAUAGUAACCAGGAACACCAUAGGAGGAUAGCGAGGCGUUGGGGGUUCUCAGAGCCCUCGGUAGGGGGAGUAUUGUAAUUUUUGUUUCUUUCGGGCUUCAGAGGAAUAUGUAUUAGUAUAGUUAUCCACUGCCUAGUGCUGUGAUUGUGAAGCGGGGCUUGAGUCUUCCAAGUAUGCUCCCAUGGCUUUUGUCAAGUUGUUUGAUCUUUCCUUCUUGCACGAGCGGUGUUGCACUCUGCCUUGUUCUCAGUCUGCACUCGACAAGUAAAGGACGGGCCAAAUGUCUCCAAAUCGCACCAGCUACGCACAGUGGCACGUACAUGAACAAAGCAAAGUACACCUAGGAUUUCCACUCGUAGUAUCACCUUGACUAAUCAUUGCACGUGCAAGACGAAGUAGUAUGA